AGCAUCAAAUAACAAACAAAACGUACUCCCCAUAUUUUCGAAUUAUGUCCUGCUUACAAAAAUAUGUCUCAAUGGCAAUCAUACUUGCUUGGGUGGCUUUGUUAUCUUUCUGUAAAGCUGAUGAUUCAGCAUCAAACAGCGAAGUUGAAGCUCUAAUCAAGUGGAAAGAUAGCCUACCAAAUCAAUCACUCUUCGACUCUUGGGUAUUUCCAACACAUACCAAUAGUUCUUCCUCUACUCCUCCAAGUCCAUGCAAAUGGUAUGGAAUUACCUGUAACCAAGCAAGAAGUGUAACCCAAAUAGACCUGUCAGGGAGAGGCAUAAAUGGCACCCUCCAAAACUUUGAUUUCUCAUCCUUUCCAAACCUUCUUCGGUUUGAUCUUCAUAGCAACAAUUUUGAAGGAACCAUACCACACAACAUCGGCAUGGUUUCCAAACUCCAAUUGCUUGACCUUUCUACAAAUUCUCUCAAUGGCACUCUACCUCUGUCUCUUGCAAAUCUCACUCAAGUUUCUGAGCUUGACCUUUCCCGUAACGAUAUAACGGGAAUCCUAGACGGCCGUUUAUUCCCCAGUGAGUCGUCAACUGAACCCAAAACAGGCCUUCUAAGUCUCAGAUAUCUACUAUUCCAAGAUACUCUGCUUGGAGGCAAAAUUCCUAAAGAAAUAGGAAACUUGAAAUUCCUGGUUAGUCUGGUUCUAGACAGAAGUCAUUUCAAUGGUCCUAUACCUCCUUCUUUGGGUAAUUUGAGUCACUUGCAGGCUCUUCGUCUUUCUGAGAAUCAACUGUCAGGGAAAGUCCCAGAAACGUUAGUAAAUCUGAGAAAUUUAACUGAUUUGCGCCUAUUUACUAACAAGUUAUCAGGCGUUGUACCUAAAGAACUGGGCAACUUUUCAUCUUUUACUGUUCUGCACCUGGGUGAGAACAACUUCACAGGCCAUUUACCUCCACAAGUUUGUAGAGGUGGAAAGCUUAUCAACUUCACCGCAUACUCCAACAAUUUCAUCGGACCAAUCCCGAUAAGCCUUAGAAACUGCAGUACCUUAUAUCGAGUUAGGCUCGAAUAUAACAAGAUAACAGGGUAUAUAGACCAAGACUUUGGUGUGUAUCCCAACCUUACUUAUAUCGAUUUGAGUUUCAACAGAUUGCGAGGCGAGCUCUCACCAAACUGGGGUGAAUGCCGGAACUUAACACUACUGAACAUUGCAAGCAAUAUGAUGAGUGGAAAUGUCCCAAAUGAGAUUGCCAGGUUGAACCAACUUGUGAAGCUUGAUCUUUCUUCCAACCAACUUUCUGGUGAGAUACCGGCAGAUAUUCGAAAUUUAUCAAAGUUGUCCGUCCUAAACCUGAAAGAUAACCAACUAUCAGGGAGAGUACCUGCAGGGAUUGGAACAUUAUCUAAUUUGGAGUCCUUGGACCUCUCAAUGAACAAGCUAAGUGGGCCAAUUCCAUCGCAAACAGGGGACUGUUCCAAGCUUCGAAGUUUGUCUUUGAGCAAGAAUCGUCUAAGUGGUAGAAUCCCAUACCAGAUUGGUAAUCUAGCAGGGUCAUUACAUGAUUUACUAGAUUUGAGUUACAAUCGGCUUAGUGGAGAAAUUCCAGCCCAGCUUGGGAAGCUUAGAAGUCUAGAAAGAUUGAAUUUCUCCCACAAUAAUCUCACUGGUUCAAUCCCUGAUUCAUUCAAACAUAUGGUGAGUUUGACGGAAAUCAACUUGUCAUACAACUUUUUGGAGGGUCCUAUUCCUGAUAUUCGAAUCUCUGAAUCGUUUCCGCCGGAGUCAUUCAGCAACAAUAAAGAUUUAUGUGGAAAAAUCAAAGGUUUGCGCCCUUGCAACGUAACAGAGCAAAAAGGUGGGAACAAAAAGAAACGCAAAAUUCUAAUUGUUGUUAUUUCUUCUUUAGCAGGUUUAGUGUUAGUUUCUUUUACAUUUAUUCGGAUUUUGGUGUUUAUUUGUAAGAAAAAGUUAUCAACAAAUUUGGUUCCAAAUGAAAGCAUCCCAAAGACAUCAGAAAAUCCAUUUUCACUUUGGUAUUUUAAUGGCAAAAUUUUGUACGAAGACAUAUUGAAGGCGACAAAGAAUUUCGACGAUGCGUAUUGCAUUGGUGUGGGAGGGUUUGCGAAGGUAUACAGAGUGGAUAUCCCUGGUUAUGAUGUAUUAGCAGUAAAGAAACUGAUUUUUGAGGCCAGAGAUGAGUCAGAGAUGAAGAAUAUAAGACACUUCGGGAACGAAGUGUCGACUUUGACAGAAAUCAAGCAUCGAAACAUUGUGAAACUUUUUGGGUUCUGUUGUAGAGGAAUUCACGCAUUUUUGGUGUAUGAGUUCAUGGAAAGGGGAAGUUUAGCAGAUAUGCUGAAAAGCGAAGAGGGUGCAAAAGAGCUAGAUUGGGGGAAGAGGAUAGGAGUAGUGAAAGGAGUAGCACAUGCUUUAUGUUAUAUGCAUCAUGAUAUUGUGCCCCCUAUGAUUCAUAGAGACAUAUCCAGCAAAAAUGUUUUAUUGGACCAUCAACUUGAAGCUCAUGUCUCAGAUUUUGGCACAGCAAGAUUUCUCAAUCCUGAUUCCUCAAACUGGACUGGAGUUGCAGGCACCUAUGGUUACCUCGCCCCAGAGCUUGCUUAUACCAUGGUGGUGACAGAAAAAUGUGAUGUAUAUAGCUUUGGCGUUUUUGCUCUGGAAGUUCUGAUGGGAAAACACCCUGGGGAACUCAUUUCCAAGAUGCAAGCAUAUGCUGUUGAGAGCAUCCAACAUACUGAUAUACUGGAUCAUCGUCUCGCACCUCCUAAAACUAAAAACGUUGCAAAUAAGUUAGGAUUGGUUAUGAAUCUUGCUAUUUCGUGUUUAUCUGCUAAUCCACACGCUCGUCCUACCAUGCGAAGUGUGUCUAAGGUACUUGAAUUUCAGGCAUUUGAUGACUAGAAAAAUUUUAAUUCUCUUGCAUACAUGAAGAAUAAUGACAUAUACCAGCCUGCAUACAUGCAUGGCGUGUCAACUAGUUUUGGCCGUGGUAUACGUUCAAUAAGCUUAAAUAUGGCUUCCUUAAUUUUCAGUUGGACUGUAUACAAUUAUGUUCAAACACCUAUAGUUAAAAUAAAUAAUAUAUUAUAUACACAAUCCA